AGUUCUAUUUCGUAUUUGAAUUCUGUACUUCUGUACUUAGUGUAAAUCCAUUGUUUUCUUUUGCAUUGUUAGUGUCUAGAGAAAAUGAGUUAUUUGGGUGUAGGUGUUAGUCCUGGAACAGUUCCAGUGUACCAUAUCACAAACCUGAAAUUAUUGGAUAAGAGGAUCAAGAUAGCUGAUUUGGUGUUAAGGUUUAUGAUUCUUGGUCUUAGAGUUGUUGCAGCUGUUCUUAUUGGAACUGAUUCACAAGUGAAGGUGUUUUUCUCCUUUGAGAAGAAAGCUAAAUUCACUGAUGUUAAGGCUUUGGUAUUCUUGGUAGUUGCUAAUGGUUUGGCUGCUGGAUACUCUUUUAUUCAAGGACUCUGUUGUGUUGUGUGUUUGGUUAGGGGAAGUGUUCUCUUCAACAAGCCUUUAGCUUGAG